GGGAGGCGCGUAAGGUGGGCGGGUCGGAUAGAUUUUUCUGCCUGUUGCUCCGGGGAACUGAAGCGCAAAGUUUGGGAUUAUAAUACCCAGUGUUUAGGUUUCUGCUCAAUAUAACGGGAGGGAAGGUGAUACACGGACACGGGGCACAUAUAUUAUCAGAAGUGCCCACAAACAGGAAGCGAAUCUGGGGAAGUGAACGUCGCAGAAAAGUGCGUAUGGAGAAAAGAUGCGGCUGUGCCCACACAGAGAGUGCUCACUGGGUAGUUCAGGGGCAGAGGCACUUGUGUGCGGAGAGAUCUAAACCCUGUGGAGUACCUGCCGGAAUAGAGCAGGAAAGAUUGCGCCAAGUGUAUUAAAGAGGCGCUAUGUGCACGGCCAUAUGCCCGGACUGGACAAGAAUCGCCCGAUAACGAGCCGCGACUGACAAAUCUGGCCGUAGCCAUACAAACGCCCAGCAGUUUGGAGGGGAGUAGAGUUGUAAUGGAGCGCCCCGCACCCCACCAACGGCAGGACCUGCACCCUGCGCUCUAUCACUUUCACCCGGGGGAGCGUCUCGAUCACUCCACGGAGGCAGAGAGCAUGAGUGAGGGCUGGUACUCGGAGAGCCCCUCGGAGGGACACUAUGUCCCAGAACUGUAUGAGCGCUGCGACAGCCCGCUAAUAGCGCCACUGGAUAGCGCAGCGCACUUACUAGAGGGGCAAAUGCAUCCGGCGCAGCGGGUCGAUGUACAGGAGCUGCGAGAGCGUAUGUGCGAGCUGCGUCUGACGCGGGAAGGCGAGCAUGGGGCGUACCAGUGUGAGCAGGGACAUCUAUUCCCUCAGGAAUACACGGACACAGAUAUACGUGGGAGCGAACCCACAGCCGCGGAAGGUUCCCUUCGCCGGAGGGCGCUCUCCUUGCCCGUACAGCAGUGCCACAGGCUGGGGGUGGCGGGGGCAGAGGAGGACGGUGGCCUCUUGUGCUGCUGCAAACUGAAAAAGAAGGUCCAGUUCGCCGACACUCUGGGGCUGUGCCUUGCAAGCGUUAAACACUUCCUCCCGUCCGAAGAACCUCUGGUGCCCCCUUCUGUGCUCGCCCGGUUACAGAGUUACCCCCCUACUGUAUCCCUCCAAAGAGCCGAGCUCAGUCUGAACACGGAGGAGUCUGACAGCCCAGUGCCCCAGGAGCUCUGUGCUAAAGUGGAGGCGCAGGGGGUGUGCCUGGAGCAAGCGUCCGACACCCAGUGGGGGGUGCGCGGCUGUGCGCUGGUCAGGGAGUCGGAGGGCGCAGCGCAAGUUAAAGUCAGGUAUUCCUUCAACGACUGGCUCUCGCACCUGGACUGUCCCGCUACUGCCGCCUCGGCCCCUGCCCCUGGGCCACAGCGCUUCCUAUUCACCCUCUGCUACCCCCCAGCUACAGCCCGUGUCCAGUUUGCCAUAUGCUGCAGUGUGGGUAACGGCCAGGAGUUAUGGGACAACAAUCAGGGGCUCAACUACUGUGUGUACUGCCAGCAGGAGCAAGUCCCUCACUUCCAGGCGUCCGACAUGGAGCAAGAGGAGAGCUGCACUUACCAGCAUUGGUAGAAACCACCUGUUGGGAUAACUCCUGUUGGGAAAUAAACACCUGGUUCUAUUGC